AUGGGAUUCAAACGCCCUUUUGAUGAUGAGAAAUUUCAUGAGCUCCCGUUUAAACAUUCUAGACAGCUUGACUAUAGCGAUAAGUCGAUUCACUUUGAAGAAUUUAUUCCACGCCAUGCUGUUUCGCAGACAUCUGUUGCCACGGUGAAUGAGGGUGAAUCAUUUGAUGGUGAUACCUUUGAUGAAGAGUCCAAUUUUGUUUACCCGGGUCUUGACAUGGAUAGUUUUUUUAUUCACGUCACUAAAGGUUGCGACGGAAAUGAUGCAACUCACUCUCCUCAUUCUGUAAAUUAUUUUGAGCUUGCAAUGCCUCCAAGAAUGUCUGCUCCCAUUGAGAGUUUGUAUUCUUUCCUCUUGCAUCAACCCGCUAGAAAGCAAGUGCCCAUUGGACCAGGUCAUCAAGCCACAAUUCCUGAAUGGGAAGGUAGUCAGAAUGGGAACCUAGAACCAUUAGGCAUGUCGGGUCAAAACCACAUGAUUGGAUGUCCUGAUGGCGAGAAGCUCUCUGGUACAUGUGUUGUUCCCAUGCCGUCUUUAGAUACACUUGCACAUAUGGAUGACAUAAUAGGGAAAGGUAGAAAGUUUUGUGUCUGCCAGGACAGGGAUUCUAUCAGGUGUGUGCGCCAGCAAAUCAAAGAAGCUAGAGAAGAAAUAGUUAAGAUUCUUGGUUAUGAGAAAUUCAAAGACUUGGGCUUCUGUGACAUGGGAGAGGAAGUUGCACGGAACUGGAGUGAUGAAGAUGCACAACUUUUUCAUGAGGUUGUGUAUUCCAAUCCUGUAACAUUAGGUCGGAACUUUUGGCAGCUCUUGGCAGCUGUAUUUUGUUCCCGAACCAAGAAAGAGAUUGUUAGCUACUACUUUAACGUUUUUGUUCUCCUAAGGAGAGCCACCCAGAACAGAAGACUGAUAUUGGACAUUGAUAGUGAUGAUGAUGAAUGGCACGUGUGUUAUGGAGGCUCUUCGGUUACUCAUUAUGUUGAAGAAGAUGAAGAAAACUCUGCCAUCGAGUCUUCCCUCCAUCAACGGACUGAAAAAGUCAAUGAGAAAGUGCAUCCACUCGAUGCUAGUAAUAGUUACAGUGAUGAAGAUGAUGAUGCCUAUGUUGAUACCAGACAAGGUUGCACUGGACAGUGUGAGGAGUACAAGACGAAUCCAACAGUCAAGUAUACGGAUAGAUAUUUGGGAAGCAAUGGAGAGAGGUUGAACGUGGAAGAUGACUCGUGCACAUCAUUUGAACAUGCACAUGGUGCAGUGAACUCCCGCUGGACAAACUUUGCAAAGAAGGAUGAAACUGGUCCUGAAGAGCAUCAGAAGAAGUUUAAGGACUGUAAUGAUAUAGUGGACAGUAAAGCUUGGGUUACAACAGAUGGCAAAGAUCUUCAACCAACCUGGAGCAUCAUGGAGGAGAUAAUGGGUCAUGGAUCCUGGGAAAACAAGGCAAGAAACAAGUGA